AUUAAUUUAUUUUUUUUAUUAUUUAUCAAAUAAAUAAAUACCAAAGAGAAAAGAUUUUCUUUAUUAAGAAUAUCAAUCAAAUCAGUAGUGUUUCAAAAAAAAAAAAUCAGGAAUAAUAGAAUGAAUUAAUAUCUCAAUAAGUUAAAGACAUUUUUAUUUUAAGAUAAUCCUGUUAGCAGAGAAAUUUCUAAAUAGGCAGUAGCAGUAUGUCGUAUUCAUCGUAUUAACGCAUAAACGACUUUUAAUGUCUAGAGAGUUCUUAAUAAAGCUGCUAAGCAUAAAAAUGCAGCCGUUGCUUUGGUUAUUUCUGCUGAUUCCUCGUCUUAUGCUCAAGCCUACAACAUAAUCAAGCAAAUCUAAAUCUUUUAAAAAAACACUAAAAUUCCUGUUUAUACUUUUGGAGAAGAAUAAGUCUUCAGUGGAGGUUAUUUGAUCUUAUGUGCUGGUUAAAAGUCAUUUGUUGAUAACACAUCACUUGUUGGAAAUUUAGGAGUUAACUAUACACACACCAAUAUUGAAAAAUUAGUUACUAAAACCCUUGAUUUCACUAUAAAUGAUUUCCACACCUCUGACAUUGCAUUCUCUCAUAGAGCUGACUCUUUGAGCAAACAAAAAGAAGACAAUGAAGAAUUCUUCAGAUAAUUCAACAGUCAUCUUUAGGAUUAAGUAAUUUAGACUUUUGAGGGAUUAAGAAAACCUAAAGUAAAAAUGCAACCUGAAUUAUAUUAAAACGAUUUGCUUUAAGGUGAAAUUUAUAAUGGAAAAAAAGCUGUAGAAUAUGGACUAGUUGAUGAAAUUGGUACAUAUUACUCAGUUAUUAAUAAAGAAUUCCCCAAUUGCAAGAUUGUUGAUCUCACUAGAGCAAGUACUAAAGAUAUUUUUGGAAAUAUGCUAGAACUUUUCUGGCUUAACAUUAAAACUCUCCCCUUUAGUGUUUUAGUUCGUUACAUUAACAAGAAUUAAUAAUGA